UUCCAAAAAGGAGCAGCAAACAUGUCUCCACAAAGGAGCUAAACACCUUCACUUGGUCUGGUGGAGGUGUCCAAGAGUUUCCCCUCACCGUCAUUUUUUUGUUGUUUUUAAGAAUAAAUUUUCUUUUGGUUGAUUUGAGUCCGGUUCUGCCGGCCGUGCUAGUUUUCAAAACUGGGGCGCGAUUCAUGGGAUGCAACCAUGUCGGAUCUUAGCGAGCGCAGGCCGGUCAACACGGACUACGCUGUCUCCCUGCUGGAGCAGCUCAAGUUUUUUUACGAACAGAAAUUACUGACGGAUGUGGUGCUGCUGGUGGAAGACGCAGAGUUCCCAUGUCACAAGAUGGUCCUGGCCACGUGUAGCUCCUAUUUCAGGGCGAUGUUUAUGAGCGGCCUCAGCGAGAGCAAGCAGACCCACGUUCAUCUCAGAAACGUGGACCCCGCCACCCUGAAGAUCAUCAUCACCUACGCCUACACGGGCAACCUGGCCAUCAGCGACAGCACAGUGGAGCCACUUUACGAGACCGCCUGCUUCCUUCAGGUUGACGAUGUCUUGCUGCAGUGCAGAGACUAUCUGGUAAAGAAGAUAAACGCUGAGAACUGCGUCCGCAUGCUGAGCAUCGGCGAUCUGUUCAGCUGCGGUGAGUUGAAGCAGAGCGCCAAACGCAUGGUGGAGCACAAGUUUCCAAGAGUUUACCGUCAGGAGGCCUUCCUGCAGCUCUCCCACGAGCUGCUGAUAGACAUCCUGAGCAGCGACAACCUCAACGUGGAGAAGGAGGAGACGGUGCGUGAGGCGGCCAUGCUGUGGUUGGAGUACAACAUGGAAGCACGCUCGCAGCAUCUGUCCUCCGUGCUCAGUCAGAUCCGCAUCGAUGCGUUGUCGGAGGUGACGCAGCGUGCCUGGUUUCAAGGUCUGCCGCCUAACGACAAGUCUGUAGUGGUGCAGGGACUUUACAAGUCCAUGCCCAAGUUCUUCAAGCCUCGCUUAGGCAUGACCAAAGAAGAGAUGCUCAUCUUCAUGGAGGCCAUGUCGGAGACGCAAAGUAAGAGCUACGUCAUGCCCAUGUCUGUGCCUACGACAAUAGUGUGUUACAGCCCGCAAGCAGAGAAGGUGUACAAGCUCUGCAACCCCCCAGGAGACCUGCAGAAGAUGGGGACCCUUGUUACUCCUGACAAUGAUGUAUACAUUGCUGGUGGUCAGAUCCCCCUCAAGAACUCGAUCACCAAUCACGGAAAAAGUGGAAAGUUUCAGGCUGUGUUUCGCCCGGUCGAUAGUUUCUUCUGGUUUGAUGCCCAACAGAACGCCUGGGUGCCUAAAACCCCCAUGCUGUGUGCCCGCAUCAAGCCCUCGCUGGUCUGCUGCGAGGGCUACAUCUAUGCAAUCGGUGGCGAUAACGUCGGAGGUGAGCUGAGCAAGCGCACGGUGGAGCGCUACGACUGCGAGAAGGAUGAAUGGACCAUGAUGAGCCCGCUACCUUUUGCUUGGAACUGGAGCACCUCGGUGGUGGCGCACGACUGCAUCUACGUGCUGACCCACGAUCUCAUGUACUGCUACUUCCCCCGGGCAGACACGUGGGUGGAGAUGGCCAUGCGCAAGAUGAGCCGCUGCUUUGCCUCUGCCGCUGCCUUUGGCGACCAAAUUUUCUACAUCGGCGGCCUCCACGUCGUCAGCAACUCCGGCAUCCGCAUGCCGACCAGCACCAUCGAUGGCUCUUCGGUGACCGUGGAGAUCUACGAUAUAAACAAAAACGAAUGGCGCCUGGCCGCCAACAUCCCUGCCAAGCGCUACUCGGACCCCUGCGUGCGAGCGGUGGUGCUGCUCAACUCGCUGUGCAUUUUCAUGAGGGAGACUCACAUGAACGAGCGCGCCAAGUACGCCAUCUAUCAGUACGACGUGGAGCUGGACCGCUGGUACCUGUGGCAGCCCGUGUCCGAGCGCGUGCUCUGGGACCUGGGAAAAGACUUCCGCUGUGCCGUAGGGAAACUGUACCCCUCCUGCCUGGAGGAGUCUCCGUGGAAACCUCCAACCUACCUCUUUUCACCCGACGGAGCCGAGGAGUUCGAGGUGGACGGGGAGCUGGUGACCCUCCCUCAUGUAUAGCUCCCCCCUCUGCGCCCUCACUGACUGAACGAGGGAGGGAGGGAUCGCC